CGCCAUCUGUGGAGUUUUCAUUAUGAAAUAAAAUAAAAUUCAUCAUCUUCUAGUCUUUACGAUAUAUAUCAAGCAAUGGGGAAUUGGGCUUUAGAAAUAUUUAAGAUGGGAUGUUACAUGACAUUUCCAGUAACCUUGUUUUGGUAUUUCAAUCAGCCAGAGUCCUUUGAGUCUUGGAUGAUGUCUAAAAGAAAAGAACUGUUUCAUGGAGAUAGUGUAGAAAAUAGAGUGAAGCUUCAGAAGUGUAUUGAAAUAAUGGAGAAAAAGCGAGAAGCAGAUUGGGAGAAAAAAUUCCAGGAAGAAAACAAAUUGGAGUAGAAUUUGCACCCAAGUACUCUAUCAUCUAUCAUCUCCAUAUUUUAUUUGAAAUUUAUUUUUCAAAAAUGGCAUACAAUGGAGACUAUGGGUCUGAAUUUGAAAAUGAUAGUGACAUUGAAAGGAAAAAAAGAAAGCGUAGUGAUCUGAUCCCUAAAGCUAAGCACUCAACAAGUGGCAUAGCUUCCAAACAUGAAGUAACAGAUCAGUACAAUAAAGAGGAAGGAAAAAUCCAUAGAUUCCACAAUUUAUCUUUAGAUGCAUUUGCACGUCAUAAACAGUUAGUGAACAAUUAUAUACAGUAUUAUGGUGGCUCUAUGAAAGACAUUUAUCGAGAUACACGUAAAGAUAAAAGAGAUAUUGAUGUGAUUCGUGAAAACCAUCAGUUCCUUUGGGAUGAGGAUGAAGGUGAAGCUGAUGACACAUGGGAUAGAAGACUUGCUAAGAAAUAUUAUACAAAACUUUUCAAAGAAUAUGCCAUCUGUGAUCUAAGUCGCUAUAAAGAAAAUAAGGUUGCUUUAAGAUGGUGCAUAGAGAAGGAGGUAAUAGAAGGAAAAGGGCAGUUCGUAUGUGGAAAUAAAAAGUGUACGGUGCAAGAAGGUCUGAGGACAUGGGAGGUGAACUUUGGUUAUAUAGAGAAAGGGACAAAGAAAAAUGCUCUUGUGAAAUUGCGACUUUGUGCAGACUGCUCAUAUAAACUGAACUAUCAUCACAAAAAGAAAGAAGUAACUAAAAGGAAAAGUCAUAAAAAGAUGAAAACUUCAGAGAAAGAUCGACAUGAGAGUGGGCGUUACAGUCCAACAUGGGUUGAGCCUCAGAUAUCUAACACUAAGGAGUCUGAAGCACCCAAAUGCCAGGAGAUAACUUCAAUAUGGUCUGGCCCAGUCAAAAUACAAGAGGAAAAAUCAAGAGAGGAAGAAAUGAAUGAUUAUCUUAAUGACUUGUUUCAGUAACUUGAGCUCCUCUUUAUAUUUAAUAAUUAUUGAAGUGUGAAGAGUAUCUGUGGACUUGUUUAUUCCCAGAUCCCACUUAAUACAUAGUUCCAGCUGAUCAAUAGUUACUUGAUUGUAAAUUAUUUUAGUAACAAUUACCACCAAUAAUAAUAAUGAUGUAGACAUUGUUCAGAAUAUAGCCCCAACCAUUUUGAUGUAAAAUUUUUGAAAUGUUUAUUUGGCAAAUAAACCAUUUACAUCCAUA